UACGACAAUCAAAACGACAUUGUUUUAGUUAAAUAUAUUAAAAAAAAUAAAAAGAAAAAACACAGACAUCAUCAUUGUUCCAUCUGACUCGUCUUUUUGCACUCUCUUUCUCCAUUCCUUUAAGUUUUCCCACAUGGAGAAGUUAUGCUGCUUGAAUCUCAGAGAUGCCACCUGGAAUGUGAAAUUUUAAGUGUUGUCCACUCGCACAAACUGUUCUCCAUCGUCGACUCGUCUUCGCCCAAAGUAGUUAGUUGUAUCUACUUCAAAUGCAAUGAAGGAGUACAAGACGGAAAGAGUCGUUGCGUUUUCAAAAUUUCCAAAUUCUCCCAAUAUGGCGGCUGUGCCUGAUUCUCACUCCGGCGCCGGCGGAAAAAUGCUUACCAAUCGGCGGAGGCAGCGUCUCGCCUUUACGCCGUACGAUCGCCCGCCUCCUCGUCCCUCGCCUAAAACCCCUAAUUGGUUUACCGGUCUCAUUCUACCCUCCGCUCGCGCCAUAGCUUCUGGCGCCGGGAAAUUAAUCUCCUCCGCCAUCUUCUCCGACGAUGAAUCCUCAUCUUCUGAAGAUGCCGACUCCGCUUCGGAGGAUGAUGCUGGAAAUCAUAAUGUUUAUGAAACCCUAUGUUUUGGAGUCGAUGCUUCAAACAAGGAAAAACUGACUGCAGGAGAAAUGAUACAAUAUGGACAAGAGUCUCAGCUUAGUAUACAGAGACCUGAAACAAAGUGGUUAAUUGAGCAGCUCAUUAUGCAGGAGGAAUUUUCAAGGGAAGAGUGUGAUAGGCUGACUAAAGUUCUCCAUUCACGAGUUAUAGACUGGUCGGCUGAAGCAGGGGAUAAAAGAUCAAUUGCAAAUUCCCCUCGGCAAACUGAUGAAGAUCCGUACAUACUCAGUAAAGCUAUUCAAGAAGCUAAGAAGUGGUUCCAAGGGAAGAAAGAAGGGUCCAGUUCAGUGGCAGAGUUAGCACGUGGAACUUGUAAUCUUAACUCUGCUGCGAUUGACCAUAUGGAAAAUGGAGCUGGUUCUCCUUUGGAUAUGGCCAGAUCUUAUAUGAGAGAAAGGCCUCCUUGGGCAUCUCCUAUGGAACAUGCUGAACUAAGAACCCCAUUGACUAUAACUAUGGAACGUUUCAAGGAAAGAACACCAUAUUCAGCCACCGAAGAUGUUUGGUCAUCAUCAAAGAUACGGAGUUCUCUUGCAUCUGGAUCCUGGAAUAUCCAGGAAGAAUUACGGAGAGUACGCUCAAAAGCAGUCGAAGAUAUGUUGCGCACACCACCUGCUAAAAAUGCUUCGUCAUUGUUUGUAAUUGCAGCAAGUAAGGAGGAGUCCCCAGGAGCUGGUGGUGUGGGAGAAGAAAUAUUUAAGUCACACUCUUUCUGGAAAACAAAGGAUGUUGGAGGGAAUGCUGAUCCUGCCCUUGUAGCUUUAGAAUCCAGACAAGAUGGUAAGACCAGUGAAACACCAUCAUCACAUCCAGAUGUUUCAGCUUCUGGAAUCAAUAAGGAUCCAGAAACAAUUUUAAGUCAUGGCGUACGAGCUCUAUCUAUGCUCUCACAGCGGACCGCUACUGAUCAUAACGAGCAGCAGCGUUCUGCCGAACCACAUGCAGCUAAGAGUAGUGGACAUCCAGAAACUGGGGUAGGUGAACCCGGAGGAAGACUGUAUAUAAAUGGUUUCUCACCAGCUCAAGCCAGUUUUCCUGGAGCAGUUAUCAAACUGAACUCAAAGCAAUACGAUGAGGAAAUCCAUAAUGAUACUGCAAGCAACAAGAACAUGCCAACAAAUGGUACCACCAACAUGGAUGGCAACUGCAAGCUUCUCACUGAAUCCUACAUGGAAGUACCUAUUGUAUCAGAAACCAAUAGCAUAAACAGCAGUUCUCAUACUAGUAUGGAUAUAGAAAAUGAGGAAUCACAACUUGAGGUGACUCAGCCAUUUGUAGAGAAAAAGAAAACUGUGAAACAUCAAGGAAGAAAAGUGGGUAUAGCCACUAGAAGAAGCAGCAGAGGGAAAGCUUUAGAUAAAAACUGGGGAAAAGGCUUCUGGCGACGAGGGCGGCUAAAGUUGAAUUUUGGUGAAAUACUCAAGUAUAAGGUUAAGGAAAGAAACCGUAUUAAAUUUUGAAGGAGCUUCCUCCAUUUUGUGAAAAUACUAGUAUGUCGUUUUCACUAUUUGAAGGCAUCUUUUCUCCUUGCUG